UUAUAAAUUUGACCAAAUAGUCCAAUAAGUUAUAUAAAUAAGUUAGAAUUAUAAAAUAUUUGAUAAAACUAGAAUAACUGAUAAUAUAAUGGAAAAAUCAACAAACAAUAUAGAACCAAAAUUGACUACUUACAAACCAGCAAGUAAAUUAGUUCGAAAUAUGAGUAUGGAUCAAGAUUUUACACCAACUAAUUACCUGAAUAUAAGUAAAUGCUCUAACAAAAAUGCAGAUCAAGAAAAAAAUUUGAAUCUCGAAUGUAACUCAAAAAAUUUAGAGACCAUUAAUGAAAUUAAUAUAAAUAAUGGUAGAAACAAAGUUUUAGAUAAAACGAGUAAUACUCAAUUCACUGUGGUUGAAAAGUUAAAAACUUUACAUACUGACUCUCUGAAUGAUAAAUUAGAUAUAAGAAGUUCUGAAAAUUCUAAAAAUACACCAAACACGGAUGCUCUAUCGAAGUUGGCAUCUCAACAUAAUCCGUCAAUUGAUGUUAAAAAAAGCAAAACAUCAAAUUUACUUAUUGCAAAUAAGACUCUUUCACUAGAUAAUACGGUUUCUCCAAGUUUCUUAACAAGUUAUGAAUCGCCAUUAUCUAAGCUAAAUUCAGCAACAAGACCAAUUUAUCCUGAUGUCCCAUAUAGCCCCUAUAGCUCCCCUCGAACAAAUAGAAAGAGAGUACCUCUUAGAGAAAGUAAAAGAGUAUCUAUAGAAAGACAAGGAAGUUUUCUGCAAUUGAAUCAGUACAAGCUUAUGGAAUCGAUUGGACAGGGUUCUUAUGGCUUGGUAAAGCUCGCAUAUUCUGAAGAAGAUAGCACUCAUUAUGCAAUGAAAAUAUUAUCUAAACGUCGUUUAGUACGGAAAGCUGGUCUUGGAGGUAGAUUGAAUGCAAAGAGACAGUAUAAAAACCCUCUUGAAAGGAUAUACAGAGAAAUAGCUGUGCUAAAAAAAUUAGACCAUCCAAAUGUAGUUAAAUUAAUUGAGGUUCUAGAUGACCCAUUAGAGGAUAGUUUGUAUUUAGUUUUUGAGUUAGUGAAAAAUGGUGAAAUCUUACAUAUCCCUACAAAAACUCCUCUUAGUGAAGAAAGAGCUAGAGAGUGUUUCAGAGACGUAAUUUUGGGUGUUGAAUAUUUACAUUAUCAGUGUAUAAUUCAUGGAGAUCUGAAACCAGCCAACCUUUUACUUGGAGAGAAUGGAAGGAUUAUAAUUGCAGAUUUAGGAGUUUGUGAUGACAUAUCAGAAUGCAAUGAUGACAAACUUGAAUUUUCAAGAGGUACUCCUGCAUUUAGAUCACCAGAGAGCCUUCAAAAAGAUACUAGAGGAUUCAGUGGCAAGGCUGCUGAUAUUUGGUCCCUCGGUGUAACCUUAUUUGCCUUAGUUUUCGGUGAUGUUCCGUUUAAAGAGAAUUCUCUACCUGCCUUAUAUGAGUCCAUACAAAACAAUCCACUAGUCAUACCAGAAACACCAAAGAUAUCAGAUCAACUGAAGGAUUUAUUAAUAUCACUUUUAAACAAAAAUCCAUUGUCCCGUCUUCCUAUGUCUUCUAUAAGACAACAUAGUUGGAUCACGAAUGAUGGAAAAGAUCCAUUACCAAGUGAAAAUGAAAAUUGCAGUUUGGUUUAUGUAACUGAUGAAGAACUGCAACAAGUUGUUACAAGUGUUCCUAAACUUGAUACCUUAAUUUUAAUUAAGACAAUGCUCAAAAAGCAUUCAUUCCAGAAUCCAUUCCUAAGAAAUGCUUCUUCUCUUAGUGUAAAAGAAUUUUGUAAAUCAAAUCCUUCAUACUGCACUUCUAGCUUGGGUACGACCAGUAGUGAUGCAAAAGACCAUGAGCUAACUCGUGCAGAAAAAACUGAAAGAUUUGUGAAAGCUGGCAGAUCGAAUUCUGCUCCUAUACCAGUUGAACGAAACAAAUCAGCUGAAAUAAUCUUGCCAUCUGUUGAGGAAAAUGCUGUUGCUGAUACUAGAUGAGUGUUUUAAACUUGACCACAUUAAAAUUGUUAUUUUAUUCGAUUUGAUAAAUUUUAAUAGAU